AUGGUCGAAGUCGAAAAGAUACGUGCUAUUAUGGAAAAACUAGAAUUAUCAAUAGAUUCUCUCUUUACAUCCUUACCUGAUGUAGCUGACAUUACUUAUAUAUGCGAUAAGUUCAUGAAUGAACUUGAAAUCGAAGGGACAGUUGUUGAAGGUUUAACCGGAAAGUACAUUGUAGUAGGAGACCUUCAUGGAAACUUCACAGACCUAGUAUAUAUCAUCAAAACUUAUGGCCUUCCAAAUAAAGAUCUAAAGUAUCUCUUUCUUGGUGACUAUGUUGAUAGAGGUUAUAACUCUAUCGAAACUAUCCUUUAUCUUAUGUGCCUAAAGAUUCUUUUCCCCGAUUUUGUCACAAUGAUUAGAGGAAACCAUGAAUUUAUUAGAGUGUGCAAGGUUUAUGGAUUUUAUGAAGAGUGUGUUUCAAGGAUGGGUGAAGAUAGUGGUGAAAUCUUUUUUGAUUUGAUAACAUCAACAUUUCCUUUCCUUCCACUUGGAGCUAUUCUUCCAAACAGAAUAUUCGCCUGCCAUGGCGGUAUUUCCUCCCAUAUCAAUAAUAUUGAUGAUAUCAAAAGCAUUGACCGCUUCGAUAUCAUUAAUUUUGACUCCAACCAGAUCGUGUCAGAUUUGGUAUGGGGCGAUCCAAGGAAUCUUGAUGAUGGUGAAUUGACCGCACCAUCACCUCGAGGAGUUGGUGAAGUGUUCUCUGCUGAGAAAACACAGAAGUUCCUUCAGGAUAGCAACCUUAAGUCCAUUAUCAGAGGCCAUGAAUCAUGCUCUAACGGCUUUUUGCACUCGCUAUCUAACUCGAAAGGCGAAACAAUUUGCUUCACAGUUUUUUCCGCAUCCAAUUAUUGUGAUGGAAACAACGAAGGAGCUAUAGCCAUACUUGCAGAAGAUGGAAAAAUCACAUUUGAUCAAUAUUCGACAUCAUAUUCAUGUGAUUAUUCUGACUUUUCAUCUGAUGGCUAUGAUUUUACAGAGCCUCCAAUAAUGAAUGACUUCCAGCAGAACUAUAUUGAAUGCCUCAACUAA